AUGGCCUCUUCUCCUGUAGUCGUGGAUAUCAAUACGAUUAGAAAAUCCCAACGGGCACAAGGUCCGGCCUCCAUCCUUGCUAUCGGCACCGCCACUCCUCCAAAUUGUGUUUAUCAGGCUGAUUAUCCCGACUACUAUUUUCGCAUCACCAAGAGUGAACAUAUGGUCGAUCUCAAAGAGAAAUUUCAACGCAUGUGUGAUAAAUCGAUGAUAAGAAAACGAUACAUGCACAUAACUGAAGAAUUCUUGAAAGAAAACCCUAAUAUGUGCGAGUAUGAAGCUCCGUCGUUGGAUGCUCGACAAGAUUUGGUGGUGGUGGAGGUCCCGAAGCUCGGAAAAGAAGCCGCCGUCAAAGCCAUCAAAGAAUGGGGGUUACCCAAAUCCAAGAUCACCCAUCUCGUUUUCUGCACCACCUCCGGCGUCGACAUGCCGGGAGCCGACUACCAGCUCACCAAACUCCUUGGCCUCCGGCCGUCGGUCAAACGUUUGAUGAUGUACCAACAAGGCUGUUUCGCCGGCGGCACUGUCCUCCGUCUAGCCAAGGACCUUGCAGAGAACAACAAUGGCGCUCGAGUCCUCGUGGUUUGCUCUGAGAUCACCGCUGUCACCUUCCGCGGACCCAACGACUCGCACCUCGACUCACUAGUAGGUCAAGCUCUCUUCGGAGAUGGGGCUGCAGCCGUUAUCAUCGGUUCGGACCCGGACUUGACCGUCGAGCGGCCGUUGUUCGAGAUGGUGUCUGCAGCUCAGACCAUUUUACCGGAUUCUGAAGGCGCAAUCGAUGGACAUUUGAGAGAAGUAGGACUGACGUUCCAUCUUCUCAAGGACGUCCCUGGAUUGAUAUCAAAGAAUAUAGAGAAAGCAUUAACACAAGCCUUUUCUCCAUUGGGUAUAAAGGACUGGAACUCCAUUUUCUGGAUAGCUCAUCCCGGAGGUCCGGCGAUACUUGAUCAGGUGGAGCUAAAGCUUGGUCUGAAAGAAGAAAAGAUGAGGGCUACAAGAAGCGUACUAAGUGAAUAUGGGAACAUGUCGAGUGCUUGUGUGUUGUUUAUUAUCGAUGAAAUGAGGAAGAAGUCGAUCGAAGAAGGGAAGACGACGACCGGAGAAGGGUUGGAGUGGGGUGUUUUGUUUGGGUUUGGACCAGGUCUCACGGUGGAGACGGUAGUUCUUCACGGCCUUCCGACCACCAUUCAGAUUGCCAACUAAUAUUAGUGUUUUGAAGUGGAACUUUGAUUGAUUCUCGUUCAAUC